AAAGCUCAGCAGUGCGCGACUAAGCUUUGCUCGGUACGGCCGAAUCAAAGCUCGACUUUGCGAACACGUGAAGUGCUUAAUGAAGCAAGCGCAGAAAGUUUAUUUGUAAGUUUUUGAAUCGAAUUGGGUGCACGAGGACCUCAUAUCACUCGCUAUGCAGAUGGCGUCGUAAAAAUUCUUCAUUUCUUUCGAAAAACAGUGCAGAAAUGUUCGUCCUGAGUGUCCUCUUCACCGUUCUAGUGUCUUACGGGAACUGUUGUGAUCUCGAACAAUUCUUUAGUGAAAAGCAAGUGAGCGUCGAAGAGAGCGCCUCGACGUCUCAGAUUGUGUUUCGAGGUUUCACGAUCGCCUCGGAGGCGACGCCGAAUGAUCUACGAGGCGUCUUCACGGCCUACUUUGAACUAAUAAACACGUAUAAGGGCGCCGAGGCGCUCGAAGCUUGGGGCGCCGAUAAUUACAGACGAAUAAACGUCACAUUCCUGACACGACCGUCUGGAGAGUGCUCGGAAGGCAGCCAAGUCCCUCGGGAGUACAUCAUAUUUUGUAAUCUGGUGAAUGACGAACUACGAGCGACUUCAGUAGCUAAAUGGGAUGAAAGUGCGGAUCAAAGGGUCUGGGCAGCAUUAGGCUGGAGUUCGUGGAGCGAUUGGUCCGCAUGCAGCGUUAGCUGUUCCUCCGGGAUCCAGCAACGCACCCGCCACUGUCUUAUCUCGGACUGUCCCGGAUUCAACGUGGAACAGCGACACUGCAAUCUGUUCGGUUGUGACGAGACCGUCAACCCUCUGGCUCUGGAAGAGAGCCGCUUUUUCCACCCUUCAAAAGAUCGUUGGCAGACGGUGCCAAACCGUCCGACAGCAUGGCGUCUAAAACCCAAUUCGUACAUUUGGGUGCCCUCAAUGCAACUAUUCCCCGACGCCAAGAUUCGACCAUUCCCCCGCGAAUUCGCCCUCUUUGUCACCCUCCGAGUGCAAAACCAAAGCACGAUGGGCACCAUCUUCAGCCUGCGUUCGCGCCGCCGCCAGGACACCUACCUGUCCCUUGAAAUCGCAGGAAUUGACCUGAAAUUAAUCCACGCCGCCUCCAACGGCACCGACGUGGUGCGGAUACCGUCCCAGCUGGGGGACGGCCUGUGGCACCAGAUCGCCAUAAGCAUCCGGGAUGACAGCGUGGUUGAUAGCUACGUGGAUUGCGAAUGGUCCCGGACUGACAUUUUGAGGUCUCACACCCUCGACAUCCCCGACGAUUCCGACCUGAUCAUCGGUUAUCUGUUUACGGGCGAUUUGGAGCAGCUUUCGAUAGUUCCUGAUCCGAGACUUGUCAGUUUGCAAUGUUCCUCUCUCCGAACACCGAUUAUCGAUCCGAGUGUCAAAGACGUCGAAGAAUCAAAGCCGAAAAAAAGCAUAAAACACCCCAAGCAAACAAGAACAAAAAGUGAUAACUAAUCAAAAAUUAUUUAAUUAGUACAAUCGAUACAUAUUUGUAUUUACGAUUAAAUGUUUAAAUGUUUUCAUUAAUUUAUUAAAGAAUUGUUGUACCUGCAUGACAAUAGGCACUUGUUACUAAAACACGUUUCGUGUAAUUUAAGUUGGUAGACAUGGACAAUAAAAUUGUGUGUGUCAUCGGAGGAAGAGUUUAUUUCUUGUUAUUUGCUUUGACGUUGUAGUCGAGAUUUAACUGUUUUUAAAUAAAUAUUUGACUGAAA